GCUGACGUACCGGGAUGACGCGACAGGCGGGCUCUCUCUUCCGGAAACAAAGGCUGCCUUCCCAGUAAUCUGGGCCCGACGCUCCUGAGACCUAGAACACCGUUGAAGGGGAAGUUAGACACAGUUGGGCUGCUUUGGGGAGCGACGCGAAUCUUUUAAGAUGUUGCGCGGCCUGAGUGGCUGGUUGGGGAUGAAUUGGGCGGAAGAAGAAGGAAAGCCGUCUCCUCCCAAAGGGGAAGCAGAAACUGGCGGAGAAGAGGUCCCUGAAAGAGACGCGCCACCGCCGCGCUACGAAGAGGAGGGACUGAAAGGGGGCCCGGACACAGACCCGCUCUUUAAUCAGGCCAAGGGGCUUGGCAGUUAUAUCGUCAGCUUUGCUACAACAGCUACAAAAAAGAUAUCUGAAUCAGUUGCUGAAACAGCACAAACUAUAAAGAAGUCUGUUGAAGAAGGAAAAAUAGAAAAUAUAAUUGAUAAGACAAUUAUAGGAGAUUUUCAAAAGGAACAAGAAAAAUUUGUUCAACAGCAACACACCAAAAAAUCAGAAACAGCUAUGCCUCCAUGGGUAGACAGCAAUGAAGAAGAAACAAUUCAGCAACAAAUACUGGCCUUAUCAGCAGAUAGAAGAAACUUCCUGCGUGAUCCACCAGCAGGGGUUCAAUUUAAUUUUGACUUUGAUCAGAUGUAUCCAGUAGCCAUGGUGAUGCUUCAAGAAGAUGAGCUUCUGAAUAGAAUGAGAUUUGAUCUUGUUCCAAAACAUGUAAAGGAAGAGGUGUUCUGGAGGAAUUAUUUUUACCGCGUCUCCCUUAUUAAACAGUCUGCACAACUUACAGCACUGGCUGCACAGCAAGCAGUGAGAAAAGAAAAGAAUGGCAGUGAAGAGGAUAGGCAGUUAACAGAUACUGUGAGGCCAAAGAUGCCACCUGUUGCAAUCAAAUCUCAGCUGAAACAUCAAGAGGAUGAUGAAGAGAUUUCUACUAGUCCAGGUGUAUCUGAAUUUGUAAGUGAUGCAUUUGAUGCAUGCAACCUGAAUCAGGAAGAUUUAAGAAAAGAGAUUGAACAACUUGUGCUUGAUGAUGAGAAAAAGGAAACAACUACAGUGGAUGAAGAAACUGCAGAUUGGGAAAAAGAACUACAACAAGAACUUCAAGAAUAUGAAGUAGUUACAGAAUCAGAAAAACAAGAUGACAACUGGGACAAAGAAAUAGAAAAAAUGCUACAAAUAGAAAAUUAAUCACUUUGCCUGGAAUCUUUUUCAAAAACUGACAUGAACUUGUUGUUACAUUUGGUUCAAGUACUUUCCUCGAGACCCAAAGUUCUUUGUAAAAUAAGACUAAAGGCGUUUCAUAAUCAGGCACAGAAACUGUUGUCAGAAAAUACUGUCUAUAAUCUAGCAAGUUAUGUGGCAACUUUUGCUUGUAUUUUAGGGAUUUUCUAAUAAUCCCAAAUUGUCACAAUUAAAGAAAUUGCAGAAAUGAUUUUUGGUUUAUCACAAAAUAGUACUUGAUGUAGAAUGAUCCAGAACACAUGAAGAUUUCUUUAAAAAUCUGCCUAGAAUUGUCUGGAUCACUGUAUUUGUAUUUUCAUUGAUAUUUUCAGAUGAUUAGAAAAUACUAAAUGAAUGAUGAGAAAAUAAUUCCUGACCAUUAGUAAAAUUGUGACAUUUGCUGCAGUAGAAAACUUGUAUCUCAACUACUUUCCUAUUAAUAAUGGCAAGAACUCAUGUUGCUGUUUUUCUACUUCUGACCCAUUUAUAAAUAACUCAUGAAAAUAAUCUAAAUAUGAGCUUUUUCAAAAAUAGAUCCUAGAAUAGCAUACACUUGCCUCUUGUUUAUAAUUAAAUGUUGCUUUUAAUUAGGGCUUUUGAAAUGUUACCAUUUUAAAUACAAGCACUAAAGGCUUUCACUAAUUGAGUAACAGCAAAAUCUGUUUGACAAUACUCUUCCCUUCACUACCCUAAAAAGAUAGUGUUUCAGUUUUGAUUGGUGGCAUCUAAACCAGCAGAGGAUACAUGACUAAUAUUUGUUGAACAAAAUAAUAUCUUCAAUGACUUUGAAAGUCAUCCAGAAUCACAAGUUUUAAAGGAAAACAUAGAUUGGAUCUCUUUAAGACAAAAGUAUGCCUUCAUUUAAAUUUCUAAAAUGUAUAGAAUAAUUUAUGGUGACUACUAACACUUAAAGACAUGCUGUAUUUAUAUUUAAUGAGAAAUGCAGGCUUAGCCUGUACAACUAUUAUUCAGCAGUGCUAUAAGACAUAAAGGAGUACAAAAGUUAUAUACUGACAAUACACACAUUGAUAUUGAAAAGGUGGCUGCUAUUGAAAGGCACUUUUUCAGUUGGGUGAAGCAGCAAAAAAAAUGCUAUGUGGGUGGUAUAAAAGGUGUUAUAUAAUGAGACCACUUAUUUAAUAGUCUAGUAAUUAGUUCCCGAAAGUAUUAGGAUGAUUUUUGCUAACCAACAAGAUAGCAGUUAAAUCAUUCACAGAUAGUGAGAUAGUUUGAACUAUCUCAUUAAUUUCUAAAAAAUUCAGAAAUAUGAACAGUUUGAAUGUAGCCAAUAACUUGAUUCUUUGAAAUAUUAAAAUAAUGUAAGAUUUUAUUUUAUGCAAACCUAACAUUCAUAAGAAUUCAAAAAAAUGUAAUUGCACCCUACAAAUAUAUAAGGAUAACAGUCAUAAGUU